GCGCCGCCCCGGCACCGCGUCCUCGAACCUCACGAUGUCCGAGAUCGCUCCAACUGUUGCGCCUACCUCCGCGCCCCCGGUGGAGAAGGCCCCCGCUAAGAAAAAGGCUGCUAGAAAGCCUGCGGCGGCUCGUCGCAAAACGACCGGUCCCCCGGUGUCCGAGCUGAUCACCAAGGCCGUGGCCGCCUCAAAGGAGCGCAGCGGGGUGUCGCUGGCCGCGCUCAAGAAAGCGCUUGCUGCCGCCGGUUACGACGUGGAGAAGAACAACAGCCGCAUCAAGUUAGGUCUCAAAAGUCUGGUGAGCAAAGGCACCUUGGUGCAGACCAAGGGAACCGGCGCUUCCGGCUCUUUCAAGCUCAACAAGAAGGCGGCUUCUGGGGAGGCCAAGCCCAAGGCCAAGAAGGCGGGCGCGGCCAAGUCCAAGAAGCCCGCGGGGGCCGCAAAGAAGCCCAAGAAGGCUGCGGGCGCGGCCGCCCCCAAGAAGAGUGCCAAGAAGACCCCCAAGAAGGCGAAGAAGCCCGCCGCGGCUGCUGCUACCAAGAAGGUGGCCAAGAGCCCCAAGAAGGUUAAGGUUGGCAAACCCAAGAAGGUCAAGAGCACGUCCAAGGCUAUGAAGCCCAAAGCUGCCAAGCCUAAGGUUGUCAAGCCUAAAAAGGCCGCGCCUAAAAAGAAGUAGGCUGCUUGCUUGUUCGGCCGCUUCUCCAACCCCAAAGGCUCUUUUCAGAGCCACCACUGAUCUCGGGAUAAAGCGCUGACACUUGUUUACUCCUUGCUCUGCUGAGGCGUGUCUGCCGGCUCGGUGGGCUGAUCCCCGCUUUCCCGUCCCUCAGCCUUGUUGGCGCGCUCCCCAGCUUCCCGUACAGAGACCGAAAUUUUCUCCCGUGGUUGACUUGGGAUUGCAGCCAACCCCGCCCCACGCUGAACUGCGGGAACCAGUUAUGUCGUCUGGAUUGAACCAAGGGGGAUUCGAAAAAGUUCCGCUCUGAGCCUGGGUUGGCCCUCGUGUGCGCGUUAUCACUGGGGUCCCUGUAUGGAAGCCAAGAGUGGGCUGUUGCAGCAGUCAGACGUGCAGCAAAGUACUCAGAACUGGCUCCGCCGACCUUGUGAGGACGGUGAGAAUGGGCAGCUACACCCUGCGUCUUUGCCCGGGAGGGGGCGAGUUAAAUGUUGCCCCGGUUUGUGGGGGGGUGGGGGUGGGGGUGCGUCAGGGGUUUUCCUUGUCCGGAGUCGGGUCCCGAGAUAGGAACUGGGCGCCGCGAACGGAGUUUCCUUCACUUAAUUACUUUUAAGGGGGGCACGAUCGUUGGUCUUCCCUUUAAAUUUAGUCUUAAAACUUUGAUGUUUUAAAAUGCUUAUUUGUGCAUCUAAACAUUUCUAUGCAAAGCAGAACAGUUAACUGCGUAGACUCGAUGCCUGUUUCCAAUAAAAGGCUUUAGUUUUCCUUA